UGUUCAUGCAAUUUGAUUCAUCCCACAAACAAUCAUGCCUCGUAGAUUUCAUGUCCUAUUCACCGUUAAUCUCUUCUCCAUCUUCCUCUCAUGUCCGAACACACUUUCCUCCGACUGGAAGCUGCGGCUGGCGGAGUCGAAUAGAACACAAGUAACCGUGAGCCAGGAUGGGAGCGGCGAUUUCAUGAGCAUCAAUGAGGCAGUCAGCAACAUUCCCCUUCACAAUACUCGUAGGGUGGUUAUACGCAUAAAUUCCGGUGUUUAUAGGGAAAAGGUGAGCAUCCCUAAAACGAUGCGUUUCGUAACUUUGGUGGGAAAUGCGAGCGACCCUCCGACGAUCACGGGAAACGACACCGCAUCAACGGUGCGGACAUUUCAAACUGCUACUGUUGCCGUUGAUGCUGAUUAUUUUAUUGCAAUCAACGUCAAGUUUGAGAACAGCGCGACGCACAUGGUGGGGAGGAGAGGCGAGCAGGCGGCGGCGCUGCGGAUAUCAGGGACAAAGGCGGCGUUCUACAACUGCAGCUUCUACGGUAGUCAAGACACCCUCUACGAUCACAAAGGCCUUCACUACUUCAGCAACUGCUUCAUUCAAGGCUCCGUCGACUUCAUCUUCGGCUACGGCACAUCACUCUAUGAGAAUUGCUAUCUGAACUCGGUGACGAAGAAGGUGGCGUCGGUCACAGCUCAAAAGCGGUCGGAUUCAUCAAUGGCGAGCGGGUUUUCGUUCAAGAAUUGUACGGUAACAGGGACCGGAUCGAUCUAUUUAGGAAGAGCGUGGGGAGAUUAUUCGAGAGUCGUGUUUUCUUACACAUUUUUGGAUAAAAUCGUUCUUCCCCAAGGAUGGAGCGAUUGGGGCAACACAUCUCGCCACCAGAAAGUGUAUUAUGGUGAAUACAAAUGUACCGGAGAAGGAGCAAACGUGACGGGUCGAGUAGCGUGGGCGAGAGUGCUCACAGACGACGAAGCCAUGCCAUUUAUUGGCACUUACUAUAUUGAUGGCGACUCUUGGCUUAUAAAUCCUUCUGCCUAUCUCAUUUGACUUUUUUCUUCCCAAACUUCAUGAUUCUAUUGACAACAUCUUGAUGAAUUAUAACAUGUUUUAUUUGCAUA